UCAGUAUGGACGGCGGAGCGACCCCUGCAGCCGGCGCGGCCGGCACCAGCGCCAGCGCGUCCAUGAUCAAGGACCCGGAGAUCAAGUACAUCUGCGGCGACUGCGGCAUCGUCAACUACCUGUCGGCGCGCGACCCCAUCCGCUGCCGCGCGUGCGGCUACCGCAUCAUGUACAAGGCGCGCACCAAGCGCCUCAUCCAGUUCGAGGCCCGGUAAGCGGCCGGCCUCGGCCCAGCGAGCGACCGCGGCCUUCAACUACAGCAGCAGCAGCAGCAACAGCAGAUUCCAUCGCACAGCAGUCUAUUGGCCGUACGAUACGGAGCAGUGGGGCUUGAAGACGGAGACGGCAGAGCUGACAGCAGCUGAAGUAGGACGGCGGCGUGCGCGCGAGCGU